AGAAUCUGUCUUGCAUUAUGAUGUAAGAUGUGACUGCUGUGACUAUACUAUCCGUGGAAUGAGAUGGAAGUGCACAUCCUGUGAAAAUUAUGAUUUAUGUCAAAAUUGUAAAGCCAAAUCACACAUUCAUAAUCACCCAGAUGAUCAUAUGUUCGAACUUGUGCCACAUUCAAAAUCUUCUAAACGUGCUCCUCAAUUUGCUUUGCAUUUUGGCGUAGUGUGUGAUUUCUGUAAAAGUAAAGUUCGUGGAAUGAGAUGGAAAUGUGCAUUUUGUUAUAAUUAUGAUUUAUGUAAAGAUUGUAAACUAAAAUCUCAAAAUAUUCAUGAUCAUCCAAAUAAUCAUGCGUUUAAACCUAUUGCAUAUCCCACUGGUAUGUUACUGUCAAAUAUUUUGAAUUGUAGCAUUAAAUUAUACAAAUUAUAAAAUAAUAUUUAUUAAUUUCAUUUUCAUCAUCAUUAUAAUAUGAAUUAGGUGGAUUAAGACAUUUGUCGCUAAAAAAUCCUGCAAUUUGUGACUAUUGUGAGUUAGCCUGCAUCGGUAGCAGAUGUUUUAAGUGUGCCAAUGGCGAAUUUUUUUUAGAAGAGUACGAAAUAUUUCAAAUUAUAAAAUAUUAAAAUAUAAUCUGGAAUUGUUCUUUGAGCAAAUAUUAGAUGAGAAUAUUCCUUUUGUAAUUUGGAUUGGUAAAUUUUAAAAAUUAGAAGAAUAUAACGAAACAUUUA